CUGUGCCACUGACCGAGGGGAUGGUGCACAGCGAACUAGUUUACUAACAUUGGACUGCACAGCUGAAUAUCAAGAAUUUAGGUUAUUUUUAAAAAACGUUAUUGAACUGGAACGAUGCACGAUGCAACACCAAAAACAGCGAGCGGUUGGACCUAACUAUAUGAACUUCACAAAUAAAACCGAAGAUUUGUGACAUCAGAACUAAUGGAUACCUGCAGUUGUAGAGCGAUACACUACCUCACUCUCGUGGUUUAUUGGAUGGAUGUUAGUGCUGCUGUUGCACAGACUGGUUUGCCAUAUCAAAGCAUUACUGUCAAUCACAUUAAAAAUGAUUUCUGGAGUGCAUCUCAUUCUACAGUGCUAAAAAGAGAAAGUUCAAAGACUAUAAGUGAUUUUCACCCUUCAGAAAGAGCAAUAAUAAACCCAAGAACCAGACGUUUCAGACAGCCGGCAUUUGUAAAACCUGUUUACUCUUUUCAGGUUAAUGAGGACACACUGCCAGGAUCCAUAGUAGGACGUGUGGGAACCACUUCUGCAGGUCAGCAAGAUGGCAUCACUUACUCCAUCAAGGACGAUGAUGGGGAUGAGCUUUUUACCAUAAACCCCAACACUGGAGAGUUCACACUAUCUCGGCACUUGGAUUAUGAAUCUGAACAGUAUUACAUUCUGUCUGUGAGUGCUGGCCACCAAGAUGAAGAGCUUGGAAUAGUUAGGGUAUACUUCAACGUGUUGGAUGUCAAUGAUAAUCCUCCAAUAUUUAGCCUUGACGCCUACACUGUCUCAGUACUGGAAAAUCGCCCAGUUGGAUUCUGCAUCCUCACCCUUAAUAUUACAGAUGCUGAUGAAGGUCACAAUGCUGAUAUCCAUUUGACAGUGAUUUCAGGGGACCAAGAUGAAAAGUUUGCUGUAAGCUUGAAUGGUUCGGUCUGCAUACAAAAACCAUUAGACAGAGAACGUGAGUCUAUAUAUAGUUUGACUAUUCAGGCCAGUGACCAGGCUCUGCCCGAAUCUACACAGCUGACCAGCACUUCACAUGUUACUGUGUACAUAGAAGAUGUGAAUGAUAAUGCUCCAUAUUUUACAUCUGGCAAUAUUGUCCAUGUUCUAGAAGACACUGCAGUCAAUACUGCAGUCAUGGUGGUCCGUGCAAUAGACAUGGAUACUGGGGCCAAUAGCUGGAUUGAGUACACCAUGGAUUCUUUGGCGGGAAAUACAUUUCAAAUCGAUAAUACAAGUGGCAAGCUCUUUCUGGUUGAAAAGCUAGACAGGGAAAUUAGUAAAAUGUUCACUGUCCAGUUAAUAGCCACAGACAAAGGAUUCCCCCCAAUGUCUACUGCCAUGAACCUUACGGUGUUAAUUGUAGAUAUUAAUGAUAAUGACCCAGUCUUUACUCAAAGUGUUUAUGGCGUUACGGUGGAUGAAGAUGUUCCCAGGGGAUCUGAUCUGCUAAAGGUCCAGGCUUUCGAUUUGGACAAAGGAGUAAACGGACAAGUUCGAUAUUUCAUUUCUCAGAGGGAGUUUCUCAUUGACUCUGUCAGCGGAGUAAUUUCUGUGGUUGAGAAGCUGGAUCGUGAAAGCACUCCUCUACAUACGUUUACUGUAACUGCAGUGGACCAGGGAAGCAACCCUAGGUUAGCAACAGCCACUGUUAACGUUAUUCUCAGUGACGUCAAUGACUGCACACCUACCUUCUCCCCCACAUCUGUGACGCUUCAUCUACUUGAAAACAUAGACCAGCUACCUCACAUUAUUUAUCAGGUAUCAGCCGUGGACGAGGACCUGGAUUCAAACAGCCAGUUGACCUAUUCCAUUAGCAGAGGACAUGAAUAUAGCCAGUUUUCCCUCUCCCCAGAUGGCACACUCAGUGUUUUGCAGAGCCUGGACAGAGAAGUCAAAGAACGGUAUACUUUGGAGGUGCUUGUCAUAGACUCAGGUCUCCCAGCAUUAACAGGCACUGGCACCAUAUUUAUUAUAAUUGAUGAUCUUAAUGACAAUAGUCCAGUGUUUCCCAAAAAUAUAUACUCUGUUGCAGUAUCUGAAGAUAGCCCUGUAGGUACUACAUCUGCCACCAUAAGUGCCUCAGAUCCUGACAAAGGCAUUAAUGGACAAAUAAGGUACUCUUUGGACGGUGGGAGUUCACAUUUUUCUAUUGAUCCGUCAACUGGGGAGAUCUUUACGACUACUGCGUUAGACAGGGAGAUCCAGGGACACUACACCUUGACUAUUAAAGCAACAGACAUGAAUACAACACACACACUUUCCAGUUCAGCCACAGUUUGGGUGAUAAUAGAGGAUGUAAACGAUGAACCCCCUCAGUUUGUAAGUGACCCGUAUGUUGCUAAUGUUCCUGCGACCGUGCACUCAGGUUCAAUCAUCUGUGCUUUGAGGGCAGUAGAUGCUGAUACUGGAUUAAAUGCAAAACUCAAUUAUUCUCUAUUUGGACCCAAUGCUAACAAGUUUAUGAUUGACCCUAUAAGGGGAGUGGUUUUUGCACAACAUAUCCUAAGUGGACCAUUAGACAUUACAGUCAACGUGCGUGUCGUGGACAAUGGAAACAUUUCUAGAAUGGACAGCACAACCAUGACAGUUCGGUUUCAGAGCAGCACUGAUUUUCCGCAGGUUUCCACAGAUGCUGAUGUACACUUGCUUUCUGAAGACCAACCUAUUAAUACUCUGGUUACCAUGGUGACAGCAACGACUGUUAGACAAGGCCUAGUGGGUCCGAUGUCAUACUAUCUUGCUGCAGGAAAUUUUGAAGAGGUGUUUCAGAUACACCAGCGUACAGGAGCAUUGACUAUAAAAAACCCUGUUGAUUAUGAGACCAACAAGCAAUUUCAGCUUUGGGUUGAAGCAAGAGACUCUGGGUCACCCCCCUUUUCCUCCUACACUAAAAUUAACAUCAAUACCACUGAUGUGAAUGACAACUCUCCAGCCUUCAGCCAAAGUGUGUAUAGAUGUGAAGUGUUUGAGAAUUCACCAGGUAGCAAAGUUUGUACUGUAUUAGCAGUCGACUUAGAUGAAGGCAUAAAUGGAGCACUGGAAUACAGCAUCAUACAUGGAAACAACAAAAAUGCCUUCACUAUGAAUGCUGUCACUGGCUUUAUAAAAACAAGUCAAGCUUUAGAUCGAGAAAAAAUGCCAGUUUAUGAGCUAACUGUUCAAGCAAAAGAUAAAGGGGAUGUCCCUAAAAUGGGCACCGCACUGGUGAUAGUUUCCAUUCUUGAUAGAAAUGACAAUGCUCCCCGGUUUUUGCAGAUCUUUUUCACUCAGAUUCCUGAAAACUCUCCCAUUGGUUUUACUGUCCUUCAGAUAACUUCAACAGAUGAGGAUGUUGGUGCAAAUGCUAUCAGCACCUAUACAAUUAUUGACAAGACUGGUAGCCUCCCUUUUGCAGUUGACAAAAACAGUGGGUAUAUCACUGUCACAAGGCCUUUGGACAGAGAGACGACUGACCGCUACAUUAUCAAAGUUAACGCCAAUGAUUCUGCUUGGAGUGUCAACACUGAUGUCACUGUUUAUGUCACAGAUGUAAAUGACAAUGCACCAGUUUUUUCCCAGUUAUCUUACACUGUAUCUGUUCCUGAACCCAGUGCAGAAAAUGUAUUUAUUAUGCAGGUGUCUGCCAUUGAUCUUGAUCUUGGACUAAAUGGGCACAUUUUCUUCUUCAUUCAACCUCCCAAUGACUUUUUUAGAGUAAAUGCAACAACCGGGGAGGUGAAGACAAAGCAACCGAGUUCAGGAGCCAAAAGCUACAGCUUUACCAUUGUUGCCUCUGACUGUGGUGAGAACCCAAAUCACAGUAAGAGUGAUGUCACAGUGAACAUUGUCCCUUUGAAUGAACACCCACCAAUUUUCCUCCCAUUUAGACCUCUCACAUCCAUUCCCUUUAAUGUUGAAUUUGGAACCAAGGUGCUCAAGCUAACGGCUGUAGACCAGGACUUCUACUCUAAUGAUACAGCAGAAUAUUCAAUCACUGGAGGAAAUGCUUCAUCAUACUUUCAAAUAGAACAAGACAGCGGGUGGCUUUUUGUAAGCAGCCCGUUAUAUUUAAGUCUGAAUAAAUUCUUCACUGUCUUGGUUACUGCGAAAGACAAUGGUAUUCCACCUCUUUCGACCCAAGCUACAAUCAGUUUUCUUAUAACUGAUGAAAAUCGUUAUGCUCCAUAUUUUUCAGCAUCGCAAGUGACAUUCUCAGUUCCAGAAAACCAACCCCUUGGGACUGUUAUUGGAAAAGUCAAGGCACAUGACAUUGACCAUGGUCUCAAUGGACUUGUACAUUACUCUAUAGUAAUGGGGAACAAGGAUGCAUUUUUUGCUAUUGGGAACAGCACAGGUUUCAUAACCUUGGUUAAAAAUCUGGAUUUUGAAACAAGAGCUGUUCACAGUCUUCAGAUUAACGCUCAAGAUGGUGGGUGGAUAGCCAAAACAGGUGCUGUUAAUGUAAUUGUAAAAGUUCAGGACAUUAAUGACAACCCACCCGUCUUUGCUACAGAAGACCACAUUGCCUCAGUGCCUGAGAACUGUCCUAUUGGCACUACAGUCUUACAGCUAAAUGCAACUGAUAUUGAUUCUGGAUUAAAUGCACAGAUCAGUUAUACACUUCACAAAGGGCAUGUUGAUAAAUUUGCAGUGGAUUCCCAGUCAGGGCUUCUAACGACCCAAGAUGUUUUCGAUUUUGAGUUGCAACAAGUGUAUGAAGUGACAGUUAAAGCUUUCAACACAGACAGCCAAAGUCAGUUCAGUUUAUCCACAGUACACAUCCGAAUCACAGGUGUCAAUGAAUACAUUCCCAAGUUUAAUAAGGCUCAAUACAACUUCACUGUUUCUGAAAGGCCCCCACUUGGCACAAGUGUAGGGCGAGUUUUAGCCACUGAUUAUGAUUUGGGUUCAGAUGGAGAAGUUUUCUACCUACUCAUUGGCCAAAGUAAAAAGGCAGGGUUUAACAUUAACAGACAUACUGGAGAGAUUGUUGUUUCAGAUCAUUUAGGAAGUCAUUCCAAGAAUCAAAUCCUUUUAAGAACACUUGCCAAGAAUAAGGGCAGGAUUAAUGGAUCAAAUGUUGAUGAGACACUUGUUAGUGUUAAUGUGCUGGAUGCUAAUGACCCUCCCGAAUUCUAUUCUAACAUCUACCAGACUGAAGUAGGCGAAGACACAACAGUUGGAACAGUGAUUAUUAAAGUUAUGGCUGAAGACUUGGAUACUAGUUCAGAGUGGAAUCAGUUUGUCUAUGGAAUAGAAAGUGGAAACAGAGACAAUUCAUUUUCUAUUGAUCCUUCAAAUGGCAUUAUAUAUGUGGAAGCUCCUCUUGACAGGGAACAAUGGCCGUUGUACAACCUGACAAUUGUUGCAAUUGAUAGCGCACCCAUACCAGCCACUGGAAGUACACACGUGCUUGUUGUGGUGAAUGACAUCAAUGAUAAUGGCCCUAUGCUAAGCUCCGAAGAAGGUCAUGUGAAAGAGAACCAGCCAUCUGGCACACGAGUUAUGGUUUUAAAUGCUACGGAUCCUGAUCUCCCACCUAACCAGGGGCCAUUCACUUACAGGCUUGGAAAAUCUGCAUUAGGAAACUUUUUUACGCUUUCCUCUGAUGGGAUUUUGUUCACUAACAGGCCUAUAGAUCUAGAGAAAACAAGAGAAUUCUAUUUGCCCGUCAUAAUCCAAGAUGCAGGUGUGCCAGCAAUGUCCUCCACGGGCACAGUCCAUAUCACUGUUUUGGAUGAAAAUGACAACCCAUCAGUACCAAGGAACAUUUAUAUUGAGGUCAAAUAUUAUGGCAGCUCUUUCGCAGGAGGCAUGAUUGGUAAUGUUAGACCUGAAGACCCUGACGUAUCUGAUGAUUUUAACUGCAGCAUAAAAACUGGAUCUAUACACAUGUUUAGUAUCGCAGCUAACAGCUGUAAUCUAAUAUCUUCUCAGUAUCACGGAGAAGCUACAUUUAAUCUCACAGUGGAAGCAAAUGAUAAUGUUCACCAGUCUGUUAACAACAGUGUCUAUAUAAGUUACAAAGGAUUUUCAAAUGCCACCAUUGAUAACUGUGUCCUUUUUUAUGUUUCCACACCUUCUUUCGAAGCAUUCCUGUCUGUAAACUACUUGAAGUUGAUUAAGGCCUUGGAUAGUGUCUUUAACUUACAAGCUUCUAAAAUCCAUGUAUUUGGGAUGCAGCCUUUAGAAAAUAAAACUCUGCUCCUGGCUGCUGUUAAAAGCUAUAACGGACAGUAUUUAAGCAGAACUAGAGUCAGUGGCAUUGUCACUGCUCAUAAGUACUUCCUGGAAGUCCAAAGCAACACUGAGAUCUUACUCAUCACCAGCGACCCUUGUUUCAUGAACCCUUGUCAAAACAAAGCAAUUUGCCAUAAAAACCUUCACGUAGGCCCAGAUGUAACUGUUUUGGAAAGUCCUUCUGUUAUCUUUGUGACUCAGAAACAACUGGGUACAUUUACUUGCUCUUGUCCAACUGGGUAUAUGGGUCAGCUGUGUGAGUCAGAUGUGGACGAGUGCCUUGCAGAGCCAUGUGACAACAGGGGUGUCUGUGUGAAUCAUGCUGGAGGAUUUUCAUGUAACUGCACAGCAGGUUAUUCAGGGCCUCUUUGUGUUUUCGAUAUCAAUGAAUGUGAUGAUGACAUCUGUCAGAACGGGGGGACUUGCUUAAAUCUACAUGGGGGCUUUCAGUGUACCUGCAAUCCAGGUUUUAUAGGCACAUUCUGUGAACAGAGUGCUGACCACUGUGCAUCAUCCCCUUGUCUCCAGGGAACCUGUGCUAAUUUUCCUACUGGAUAUACUUGUCACUGCCCUUUUGGUUUAGAUGGUAUUAAUUGCGAAGACAACAGCUAUGGUUUUGAAGAAUUGUCAUACAUGGAAUUGCCACCUUUAGAUCCUAGAAACAAUGUUCUUUCUCUGGAGUUUGCAACUGUGCAGCAAAACUCUCUACUCCUUUACAACUACGAAAGCAGGGAAGACUCGGAAAGUGAGUUUCUUGCCCUUGAAAUAGUGGAUGGAAAGGCCCAGUUAUCGUAUAACCUGGGGAAUGGCACAGUGAGGAUAAAUACAGAACAGGACAUCGCAGAUGGCUACUUUCACACAGUAACUGCAAGCAGAACUGGGCAAGCUGGUUAUCUGAAGGUGGAUAGCUGCACAGAUGACAAGCCGGAUGGAUUUUGUUUCUCAAGCAAUGAAGGAGUUGGUAACGAAAGGACAUUGGAUGUGGGAUCCAAUAACAUGGUGUUUGGUGGAAUGAAGUCUAUUGAUCCCAUUCUGCGCCGGCCAGGCCAAGUGAGAACUGAUGACUUUAUUGGAUGUGUGAAAAAUAUCCGACUAAAUGGUGUUCCUUUAGAGCCUUCUCAAGCACUGAUAUCCCACAAUAUUCUUGACAGCUGCCCUCGUAUACACCAUGCUUGUAAGAAUGAAGUCUGUCUUAACGGUGCUGUUUGCCUCGACUUCUGGUCCUUUUAUCUCUGCCAGUGCACUGAUGGAUUUACUGGACCAAACUGUGGCACAAAAAUCUCCCAGGACUCUGCUUUACAACUUGAUGGAGAAUCGUAUAUUGAUUAUGUCAUAAAAGAAAGCUAUAAGCGAAGCCAGCUGGUGAGAAACCAACUGGACAGUGUGACGAACGAAAAAAAAGAUGACAUUUCAGCAGUUGAAAUAAAGUUCAUGACAAGACGGAAGGAAGGAGUGCUGGUCCAUAUUCAAGGACAUGACGGUUCCACAUCUGUGAAGAUGGUUGAUGGAAAAAUACAUUACAUUUCAGAGGAUGGUUUGUCUGGUCAUGUGAGAAGUGUCUUUGCUGAAGCCUUGCUUUCUGAAGGCCAAUGGCAUCUCCUUCACCUUGAGAGAGACAGACUCUAUACUCAUCUUAUUUUAGACAAUAAAUACAUCAUGAAUGUCACCAAUCACACCCACGACUUCUCUGAAAUCAAUGUGCAGAGUUUUUCACUUGGACGAAUACCACCUGGACACUUUAGAAUUGCAAAUGAACCAGGUUUCACUGGAUGUAUUGAGUAUUUUAAAUACAACAGAAAGAUUCUGCCAUUCACUGGAUUCAAUGAGUUGGUGUUGGCACAGCCCAGCCACCCCCCUGUGCAGAUUGGAUGUUCUUCAGCCAAUAACUGUUUGAGCUCUUCCUGCUCUGAAGAAGCCAGUACAAUCCCAUGUCUGUCCCAGCCAUGUAUGAAUGGAGGAACCUGCACAGUUUUAGCAGUGGGAGAGUUCUAUUGCAUCUGCCCAUCCAAUUUUACAGGUCCAUUAUGUGAAUCCUGCAUGUCUGCUUUGGAUGGGCAUGCCGUUUGCCAUAAAAUGGACUUAGAGGUGCCUUUGUGGAUCAUAGGUGUCGUUGUUCCUGUUACUGUAGUACUACUUCUCUUGGUUGUAGUUAUACUUUUCAGGUUGCAAACAGAAAAGCAAAGCAAAACAUCAAAAACAUUAGCUAAAGACCGACAAGGCACAGAUAACAAAGCUUUUAAUAAUGACAGUCCAUGUGUGCCAAUACAAGCUGUCCCUGAUGCUAGCAAUAAGCAACCUGACAUUAUCAAGGCAGAAAAAAAGUACAUGACAACAGAUGAAGCGUGUGUGCAGCACAGCAAUACAGGGCAGCAUAGCAUGUUCAGCAGAAGCAAUGAAAGCGAGCUUGAAUACUAUGAAAUUGAAAGCACCAGCAGCAUCGUUCUGUCUGACACUGAUGUCAUUCAUCUCAGCAGACACACUAAUAAUUACGGUUCUAAAUAUAAAACCUGGGGAGAACAAACACAGGUUGAUUUAGAGCUCCCAACCUGUAUUGAUAAAGACUCAAUAAACAGAAACAAACACUGCGCUGUCACGAAACCAUCACCGGCAUUACCGUCACCAUAUACCCCCCAGGACAGAAGACAGAGAAGUCUAAGGCCUGCCGUGGUUUCGCUUCACAUUACCAAUUUAAGCAAUGAAGGUUAUCACAGUAAGCUCGCUGAGCCACUGUACUCUCAGGCAAUAAUCAGGAGGAAACAUGUGGUGGAGAACAUUGGGCCUCCAGUAGGCUUGUCUGUAGAGGAGGUAAAAAAACUGAACGCACCACGAGCUUGGAAACAGGAGCCAAAAAGGCCCCCUCUAAAAGUGACACCUCGAAAUGCUGAACUUCCAGACUGGGGUCCCAGGCUUCCAGCCCCAUGUAUAGACAGCUCCUCUGAUGGUGAGUCUCAUAGCUCAUUCACCUGCUCUGAAUUUGAAUGUGAAAGAGAUCCAUCCUUUAUUAGGAAACGUCAGUGUGUAUGUGAGCAGGCCGUCCAGUGUGCCCUGUCUGACUAUAGUGAAGGCGUAGACGCAAAGACCUCUUCUCCCUACAAAGAUUGCCACCUGUACACCGGCACUGAAGUUGACAGAUGCUUUAACCCUCCUUCUCUCAGCAGGAAUUACAGAUGGGAAGGCUUGCUCAAUUUGGGACUGCAGUUUGACAGAUACGCUGACGUUUUUGAGGAUCUUGCUGAAUUGCCCAUUGAAUUAGAAAAUGUUAGCCAACUGGAUUCUGACAGAAAGAGUGAUCAGGAGGAAAUAUUUUGAUUUUCAAACGCAGUUUACUAAGCUGUCAUGCCUAAGUUUUUCUCUAUAUAGCACUAAUUUGGAACAGAGACAGCUUUCCCACAGUUAAAACCUCUGGCAUCUGUUAAGUUACCACAUACCUGUACUACUUAAACAGGUCUAACUUACAGUUCCCCCAGUCCCCAGCAGGUGUCACCAUUAUGUGGGGGUAAUUGAUGUAUCCUCUGAAAAGAAGAAAUGUGAAAACAUAUGCCACUGGAAAAGUAUGGUAAAUAUCAAAUCAAGCAUAUACAGAGAUUAUAGUGAUCAUGAAAUGUGUUUUUUAUAAAUAUAUGUUUAUACACAUUAAACAUGUUGUAUGACAAUACUGGUGACUGAAGUUUACUCUAUCUAUCCAAAGAACAGGGAUGGCCAAAGUAGUGGUAAUGUGACCUUUGCAUUAGGGGGCGAGAGAGCAGGAUCAGUGUGAACAUAUAACCUUCUCUAUUAAACUUUUUAUUUAUACCCUU